GUGAGGUUAUGUCGCUAAAGCUAUGGCUCCACCCCUCCCCCUGCUUGAAGAUAGCUGGAGGUUAGGCCGCAUGUCUGUUACUGGCUCUCAUAAAAAAAAAAAACAAGAAAGGAGGCAUUUAUCUCCGGAUCAUGGCGAAACAAUUAGUGCGAGCUUACGUUAUGGUUUCACCCGUUUAUCCGUUUUCAGUCAGCGCCACGGUGCUGGACUGGAAGCUGACAUCUAAACGACACGUUAAUCAAAGUGUGGAUAAAGACGCAGGAGUAAAAAGCAAAUAUGGUCCGUCAAAGAGGCAAAACAACAUGCACAGCCCACUUUUUGAAGACCAAAGUUGACUGACUCAGACAAGUGACUCAGGACUCGUGUCUGAGCCUAAAUGUGUCAGACGAAGCUGCAGACAAUUACAGGAUAUAGACGCCUUCAUAUCUUCUCAAUUUAGAACACCCAGCUGUCAAAAAAAGGGGUCAGUUGAAACUGUCUUUGCCAACAGCACAUUUGGGAGUAUUUUUCCUCCUCAGUUGUGCUGAGAACUAAGCGAUGGCCAUGGUGAGAGGGGGGUGGGGAGAUCCCAAUGGGGAGACUAAUGGACUUGGUGACAAGGGGUACCUGAGGGGAGAUGAGGACGACGGGUCACCCCAAGGAGGCGGCAGCGACAUGGAGGCCGGGGAGGAUGAUAAAGGUUGUGUGGUAGACUGUGUGGUCUGCGGUGACAAGUCCAGUGGGAAACACUAUGGUGUGUUUACCUGUGAGGGCUGCAAGAGCUUCUUCAAACGGAGCGUCCGACGAAACCUUAACUAUACCUGCAGAUCAAACAGAGACUGCCAGAUUGACCAACAUCACCGCAACCAGUGUCAAUACUGCCGUUUAAAGAAGUGUUUCAGAGUUGGAAUGCGCAAAGAAGCAGUUCAGCGUGGACGCAUUCCACCUUCGCAUUCAAGCCUCAGCCCAUCCACGACUCCAGUGGGUGGUAAUGCCGGCAGCGGCGUGAGCGAGUUCUACAACGGGCAGCCAGUGUCUGAGCUCAUCUCCCAGCUCCUGCGGGCAGAGCCUUACCCUAACAGCCGCUACAGCCAUCAGUACAACCAGCAGAUGCAGGGGGGUGGAGGAUCCAUGGGCAUCGACAGCAUCUGCGAGCUAGCUGCCAGACUCCUGUUUAGUAUCAUUGAAUGGGCCCGAAACAUUCCUUACUUCCCUGAGCUGCCUGUAUCUGAGCAGGUGGCCUUGCUGCGGCUCAGCUGGAGCGAACUGUUUAUUCUUAACGCAGCCCAAUCUGCCCUGCCCCUGCACAUGGCCCCGCUGCUUGCCGCUGCAGGCUUCCACUCCUCUCCCAUGUCUGCUGAGAGGGUGGUGUCCUUCAUGGACCAGGUGCGUGUCUUCCAGGACCAAGUGGAGAAGCUAACCCGCCUGCAAGUGGAUUCAGCAGAGUACAGCUGUCUGAAGGCCAUAGCACUCUUCUCGCCAGAUGCGUGUGGGCUGACAGACCCGGUUCAUGUGGAAGGCCUGCAGGAAAAAGCUCAGGUGGCCCUGACCGAGUACGAGCGUAUGCAGUACCCCGGGCAGCCCCAGCGCUUUGGACGCCUCCUACUGCGACUGCCCGCUCUGAGGGCCGUGCCUGCCAACCUUAUCUCUCAGCUCUUCUUCAUGCGCCUCGUGGGCAAAACGCCCAUUGAGACUCUCAUCCGUGACAUGCAGCUGUCUGGCAGCUCCAUCAGUUGGCCGUAUGCUCCCGGACAAUAACCAUUGUCAAAUGUGACCACGAAACCAGACUGAACGCCUCUGAACUGCACAACUAGUGAAGAUCUCAGUGUAAUGGGGUUUUUUUUUUUUUCUUUUUUUUUCACAAGCACACAUUCACAUCUGAUACUCACUGUAUCACCUAAUGCAACAGGGUCAUACUACGGGAAUGGUGAUUCAGUAGUACAUGGCAGAAGGCUUGAUCUAUGCUCUGUUAAAUGCUCAUAGUGGCCCAGAAGCAUUCUUAAAAAAUAGCUUGAGAAAUAUUGGUUAUCUGUUUGCCAAAGAUAAGAUGUAAGGUACAGUUUCAUAGCGAGUUAUUAAGUGGAGAUUGGUUGAAACCCAAAACAAAAAGCUCUGUCAGUUGGGUGUGAGCAUGAGUCACUUUGGACUGUCCCUGGAGGCAGCAGGAAAUCAAGUCCCCCUCAUAUUCUGCUCUGCCCUGUCCUUUUGUACCAGAAAGCCUGAAGGAGGGGGAAGUAGACAUGAUGACAUCCAAAAACCCAUACAAACCACACCGAAAGUCACAACUGGGACUUAGGCAUUUGUUUUGCCAAUGAUAAAUACUUGUGGUUUGUAUUUUUAGCUCUUUUUUUCCCUAUCAAUGCUAAUGCAUUUCUAUGAGGAGAGAUUGAAAUUUGCAAAAGCUAAUGCGAGAGAUUGGAUCAUGUUCUGUGAAAUAACCAUUUGACAAAUUAAUUGCGGACUGCAUUUGUACUUUGAGUUAUGGUACAGACUUAUCUCUUUGAGAAUGAUUCAUUUUUCCUUACUGCACACUGCUGCAUUUGAGAUGACAAAUGAAGUAAUCAAGCUUUUUUUUUUUUUUUUUAAUGAAAAACCAGUGAACUUUCUUCAUGCAAGUUAUUUAUGUACAUGCAUAAGACUGUCUUUCUAAUGGUUUUAAUCUGCUUUUCUUGCUUUUUUUUCAUUCUUACCAGUUAAUCCUGAACUGGUAUGUUUUUUUUUUUAACCUGGUAUAAUUUUGUCGACCAAAAGAAAUACCUCUACAGUCUGUUGAGACUCAAAACGACUUUCAGUCUUUCAUGGCUGGGUCAGUUUUUAAAUUUAUGAACACACUUGAGCUGCUCACUUUACACUAAAGAGGAGUGAUUGGAUCUAUCUGUCUGUUAUGUUUGUGGUACAAGGCCGUUUUUGGUAAGAAACUGAAACUGCCUGACUGUUUUGUCUUUUGUGGAGCAGUGCUCUGGUGGGCGUUUUACAGGUGACAGCAUGUUGUAUUUGGCUCUUGUUGUGAGAUGUAAGUUUUCUAGCCUUAUCAUACAUGUGAAUGACUAAUAUUACCUCAUAUUUAGGCCUUGAAAUAUAUCAGGUGGUCUAAAAUACAUAAACGCAUCAAAACAGCAACAUGUACAGUUUUCAUUUUAAUAUCUUUGUCUUUUUAAAUACUUGUGUAUGAAAGCUUGAUUAAACAAAAGUAUCAUACAUUGAA